UGAGCUUCCGUAUCAGUUUGUUCUGAGCACUGUUUUGAUUGCCCGACCAAGCCUAUAACGUUACAAAUUGCCGACAACUUUUUUAUGUUGGUGAUAUCUUAUAUGCAUCUUGACCUAGGCCUAUAGGCAGGUAUUUAAUGAAGAAUACGCCAUGUUGGGUUCACCACACUCGCAAAGAAAUGUGGUGGUGGAUGUUGCCCUGCUACCGGACAGUAAUUUCAAUGUCCAAGUUAACGACAUCGCGAAAGCCAAACUUGCGAAAAACCUGGACCAAAAAAGCCGCCCUAUAAUUUGUUGUUUGAGUCGGAAAAGCAUUAUAACUCUAACAGAUGUAUCUGAGAGUGGAGCAUCAGUUACCAUCGCGGAGGACACCUCAGAUUUCGCAUGGGAGGAAACGACAGCGCAGGGCGGAUCCAAUGAAUUCUAUCGACUUAUUACAGUGGGUUCAAAUUUUGAUCUCAGACUAUACACAGCUGACCCAGAAAACCUUGAGUCGGUCUUGGUGGAUCCUGUUUCUGCGUGUUCACCACAUAUGCUCAGGGAGAUGGUCGAGAGCAAGAACAUGUGUUUGACUGAUCUGGUGUCCUUGAAGUUGCUGUCAUUUGCUGACAACUGGUGUUUUCUGCUGCUGAACUCACAUGUUUUGGUGCAGCUGUUGUGGCAGAGAGGACAUGCUACUCCAGAAAUGGUAUCUGCGUGUAUCAUCACUCUGCCACUUAACACCUUGCAGAAAGACUGCCAGAUCUGGCGGGGAAUACUUUUUGUUCUGACCAACUCUGGAAUCACAUACAUGUUUGACAGCACUGAGGGGAAGCAUCUAGCCACUUUGGAUUUUGCACUAUUCCAAAAAGAUGCAGUAUGUCAGUCUGAUUUCUGCCUCCUCCAAAUAUCGCAAGAUCUCAGCACGGCCGUUGCAGUGACCAGCCAUAACCUAGUUAUAGCUGUGGACCUAAAUGAAUAUUUCAGGACUUACCCAGAUCACUUGCAUAGUCAGAAGGCUAUUGGUCAUCUUCCUCUCAAGCCUCAAGAUACAACUGAUCAAGAGGAUCACCUGAGUUCUUGUCACAGCCACUCGGCACUGGACUUGACCUUUCACAAUGACUGCUCCUGGGAGUCUCAGUUGACAUUAUUGAAUACGAGAGCCAAGAUACCCACCACUCUGUCCCAGCAGAUGCCAAUUUCACCAUGGUACAAGGAUUCCCCUCACAUCGAGUGCAGACAAGCCAUAGCAAAACUCUCAAGGGAGAGUGAGAAACUUUGGUGUGGCUUUGUGAUCAAGGAGGCUCCAGCUGAGGCGACUCCGGUUAUGCUCUCAGUUUCAAAGUUCUCAUCUGUUCUUACUGUUGCAUGUCCUUUCAACAAAACUACCCUGGUGGUCUACAUGGACCUGGAGAGUCAAAAUGUCACCUGUCAUUACACAAACAUAUCAUGUCUGCCUGUCCAACUCUGUUCCGAAGAACAACAUUGUCUUCUGCUAAAAGAUUCGGGCCUUUCCCUGGUGCUGUUUGGUGUUUCUCAGGAGGAGCUCCUUAAUAGGCUAAUGGUAUUUGGCAGUGCUGGCACCGUCGACUCGCUUUGUCACCUCAACGCCUGGGGGCGUUGCUCCAUCCCCAUUCAUGCUCUGCAAGCAGGGCUGAAGAACCACCAGUUAGACACAGUUGACUUCUUCUUAAAAAGCAAAGAGAAUAUUCUUUGCCCACGUGGGGGAUAUAGUGCCCUUGAACAGACACCUACGGUCUCCACCCAUCUACAAGUAAAGAAUGUUCAGGAAUUGUGCCCUGCCCUUGACUUACUGUGUGCUGCAAUCAGAGAUACACACACAGAGUCUCAGAGCAAACAGUUUUCUGAACAACUGCUCAGUAUCACCUACACUUUCCUCAGCACACAAGUCCGAAGCAUUUUGUCUGGAACAGAAGAUUUGGAUCAAAAUCUACAAGAUUGCGUGAAAAUGCUAGAUGGGUACAUCUCUGACUUGCGAAAUUACAUGAGGAUGCUGUCUUGGGACUCCAAGUGUGACAGUACCUCAGUACUGUCAGAUGAAGAAGAAGAAACAAAAGACAUGUGCCAGCUACCUAUAGAAGAGCUCGUCCAGCAUGCUGUCACAACUUGCCAGAUCCCCUGGGCACAAGCCUUUCUGAGACGGCAAGCCAGCCCUGAAAUGUGUCUUGAGGAUAUUAAGAAGAGUGGCUUGCUACAGGUCUUUUGUUGCCUCCAGCGCCAUGACUUGGGCCAGGCUAUAUCUCUGCUCAGGAACAUGGGCUACUGUGUGAAGGAACAGCUCCAUAGCAUAUGCCUCCACACGGAGGACAAGGGCCUACGAGAUUUUGUGGUUGAGACGUUGAGCAACCAUGGAUAUUUGUCAGAUGAAGAGCUGCUAAGGGUUGAGCUCCUGAGGAAGAUUGAAAAACCAACUGCUCCCUCCUGUCAGCCACUGGAGAACAGGAGGAUUUUGGACAAGGAGCAUGUAGAUCCAAAAUGUCACGGUCUGGUGCAGCAGUUUGCAUGUGAGCCAGCUGGCAUAUCAUCACACAACCUGUGUAGUCUACUGCGGCUAGAUUGGGUCAGACUUUGGGACAGCUACACACAGAGUUCUAUCCUCUUAUCACAGGAGAAGGUCAUGAAGAGCGCCUGUGAAUCUGAAGUCUUGUGGUCAUACCUCACCACACACCAUGAUCAUAAGAGGGUCAUUGAGUGGAUCAAGAGCCUUGUGAGCAACAGAAACUCCACAAUGUCUCCUUCAUGGCCGGCUUUAACUGCAGAUAUUGUCAGCAACAACACGCAGAGUAACAUGUUUUUGAGGAACAUCAUCUUGGACAUGUUAGCUAGACAGGGUGAAUUUGUUCAAACAGAAAUGGACAACUUUGAACAGCUGCUGUGGAGGUUGGGUCAGGCUGAAGGAGUGAUGCAAGUCACAAAGAUCUCUCAGUUUUCUUCUUCUCAGGUGCAACAUUUUCAAACCACCUUUAUUAACCACUGUCUAGAGGUUGGUCUGUGCUACCUCCUCUACACCUACAUCAGGUGUAACAGAAACGAUCCAGUCUUGAAAGGAAAGGGUUCAUGUGAAAGCCAUCCAUGCUUUGAGAUGCUCGUGAAAAUACAAGAAAUAGCAAAGAACUUAACAGAACCAGAGAGGGUGUUUGAGGGCAGCUUGACUAGUGCCCGUGUCCUCAUCCCCGGCAGCCAGGGCAGUGUAAGCAGCAUGCUGCUUGAGGGUCACAGCCCUCUGGCUCUAUCAACAAUUAUGUUUGCCCCAGGCAGCAUAGACCAGGUGUCCCAACACACAUUGCAGGUGGGCAACAGCCCGUGGAGAGCUGACCCCCAACUCCUCAAGAUGGCCCUAAGCACAUAUCCCAAACUGAAGUUUGCUCUCUUCCCACCCAGUGGUCCUUUUGGCAUGGGACCAUCAGAUAUAUCAAUUUACCAUCUCAUGCAAUCUCUAAAUCCUUUGGAUUCCUCUAGACUGUUUUGGUGGCAAUCAGCCAAUACACUGGGCAUUACAGAGAUGUCUGCAGAGCUGCCUCAUUUCUCCACCCCAUGUCUUGUAAACAAACAUGCCCUCCUUGAAAACCUGGACUUCUUGCAUCAUUUGAGACAUGGACGACCGUCUUUUGCCUAUGGAACUUUUCUAGUUCAGCAUCUGGCAAGCUUCAGUGAUGAGAAACUACUCUUAAGCCAUGCUUCAGAGUUGGCAUACGGUCUGGGCUUGCAGCAUUUCAACACACCCUCUGUGGCAGCUGCCUGUGUCUGCUUCUGUGAACUACUAGGUGUCUGCAGCCUUAAACUACGGGUAGACAUUAAGGCCUUAAGUCUCCAACUGAAGUUAUUGAAUAAGAACUCCGAAGGAAACGAUGUGAGCUCUCUGAACGAGUGCUUGAUUGGAAAAUCUAACCAGCUGGUGGAGUCUGAAUGGAAACAGCCUAGAGGUUGGGAGUUGCUGAAUGACUUGGAGAAAGCUGUGAAGAAUACUGUGGAGAACAGAUGCAUUAGCAGGGUAUCUCAUGAAGCUCUGCAGGAAUGGGCAUUACCUGUCCAGUUUUCCCAGCUGCAUGGUCUGACCCUUACCACUGUAUAUCCAUGUGAAUGUGCAGCUGAUGGAGAGUGGCUUUACUUGCUGCUCUUUGUUCAGCAGCACAGCUAUCCUCCACAGCAGGUUAGAGCACUUGUGACGAGUUUUUGCCUAGCCCUACAGACCCAUCUUUCACUAGCCUUUCAGGACCUGCAGGCCCCUCUCCAGUCAGACCAUGAGGAGCUGCUUGGUAGGGAGGAGUACCUUGAGCCCCCAAAAGAGCUAUUUCAGGUGGUCUUUCAGAGCCAAGGGCAGCCGUGUCCAUGGAGGUAUCAGCUGGGAGAGGCCAUGGCCCAGCACUGUCCUCCACUCGCUAUAUUUGCAGCGUGUGAAAAGGAGUCGAGCUUUCUGCAGUUCCUUUCUGUGUGGAUUUUGACAUCUGUAAAUAUAUCCAUCACUCAAGAGGCCACUGCCCACAUUGAUGAGAGUCUGAGCCAGCAUGUGUGGAACCUCCAUGACCUGGCAAUAAUUUGGAAAAUUCUCUUGAAGAAUUGUAAUAUCAAGCCACUUAUACAUGGAUUUCAGCUCUUUCUAUGGAAAUCUCCUUUGCUCCAUAUGCUCAACAUGUAUGAACUCUGCUGUGAUGCCAAAAGAUAUGAAGAAGCGAAGACAAAACUCCAAGAAUUUCAGAAGUGUCUGUACAGUCUACGGGAAAGUGUUGUUCAAUCUCCAGUUGGCAUACCUGUUCAGUGGCUUGAGAGUCAGGCAUCAGUCCUCCUAAUGACUAUGAUCCAGCAGUGUGACACUCAAUAUGAGCUAAGGAAAUUGCUUCAGCUGAUGUCUGACAUGGGUCAUCUGCUCAAGUCUAAUGGUCCAGACUUCAAGACACUUAGCCACCUCAGCCAGGUUCUACAGGGCACUCCUGUGUCUUUUUCCCCUCACUUUCUGGAGCGCUAUUCCCCUGAUGUGCUGCAGCAGGAGUGCCAGAAGAUGCUCCAAGAGCUCCAAGCUUUGGGCUAUUUCAGCCAAGCACGGCAGGUGGCAGACCUGGCCCAUCUGUCUAUUGAUGCUCUAAUAAUCACUGAGCUACUCCACCACUUGCACAGUUUGAAAAGCAAGCAUCAGUGGGAAAGAAAGGAUGUUAGACUGUCAUUUUUAAGGAGAUGUCAUGACCAGUUCAAGAUUAAUAGGACUAACAGCGAGGCUGCCUCAAGUUUCUUCCUCUCUCUGGCUGAUCAGUCCCAGUCAGAAUCUCAUCAAGCAGUAGAAAUGGAACUGUUAUGCAUGCAGGAGUGUUGUGUGCUUUUCUCCCUCGCUGGCCACUGGCUUUCCCAACAAGAAUGUCCAUCCUUGGCCCAGCUAGAGCAGAUUGAGGAAAAGCUGUGGAGGUGUCGGGUGCACUGGCAAGUUCUUGUCACUGACCUAGCAAAGGACAGCCUAUUUACUACACCACCAGCUGGGAAUCAUGACUCUUUUGAGGAAAUGAUGAAGGAGUUUUCCUUCUCCAAAGUGCCUGCCCUUGGUGACCCAAAGUACCUGAGCCUAGAUGACAUGCCUUCAUCCUCUAGUCAGGAAAUAUCUGGACCUCAAGAUGUUAAAGAACAGAGUGCAUUGUCCAUGCUGUUAGGGCAUCUUCUAGAUGAUGGCUGCAUAUAUGAAGCCAGUCGUGUCUGCCGCUACUUCCACUUCCACUAUCGUGAUGUGUGGUUGGUUCUUCACUGCCGUGAUCUUGCUUCUGGUGAACACCAAAACGACUUGAAGGAGCUACUGGGUACUGAAACAAUGAAGAGCCUCCAGAGCUAUUCUAGUGUGGGGAGCUUGUCCUCUUUUGUUGUGGUGCCUUUGCCAGAGGACCAGGUGGUGUCUCAGCUGCAGAGACUUGUGAAUGAGUGUUGUCAUGGAAAGAACUAUUGUAAACAGGUUCUUAGCCUUUAUGAACUAUCCAAGGAGCUAAAGUGUUCCUACAGUGAGAUGUCUGCUGCAGAGCCAGAGGCUGUGCUGCAGAAGAUCUUGUUAUCUCAGCAACAGGACCGCUAUAAGACCGCACAGGUUUUCAUCAGUGUACAAGGCCUACAGCCAGAUACUGUUGCGCAACUCAUAUCAUCAUUUGUGGUUCAGGGGAUACAAGCAUCUGUUCAAGAAGAAGAAUUAGUGGACAAGCAAAUCUAUUGCUUAUCAGAGGGGAGAGAGGCUUUCCGGCAGCUGGCUAAGCUUUGUGGAGACCCGAACCUGGUGGGAAACAGACUGCUGAGGCACAUCUCCACCUUGCCACUGUCAGAGCUGAACUGCAUGGUAGAACUCCUGAUCCUGGCACAUGACUGCUUCAGCCUCAGCUGUAACAUGGAAGGUAUUGUUCAAGUGCUUCAAGCAGCACGGCACGUCAGCCAUGUCCAUCUGGCCCAUAGUGACCGCCACAGUUUAUUGGUACGCCUUCUCACUGGCAUUGGGAGGUACAAUGAGAUGACGUACAUAUUUGACUUAUUGAACCAAAAUCACUGCUUUGAGAUGCUGCUCAGGAAGAAGGUGGAAUCGAACACCAGGCUCAAAAUUGCUCUACUGGACUACAUUAAACGUUGCCUGCCAUGUGACAGCGAGAAGCACAAUAUGGUGGCACUGUGUUUCAGCAUGUGUCGUGAGAUUGGAGAGAAUCACGAGGGAGCUGCUCGUACUCAGCUCAAAAUUAUUGAGUCCAAGCCAUGGAUUGUGACAGCUGAACUCAAGAGUGCCCUGAUAAAGGUCCAGACUCUCUUUAAAGAUGCUGCUGAGAGUCUCUUCAAGGAUUCGUGUGUGCGCCAGGCCGUGCGUUGUGUGAAAAUGGCUAAGCUUGUCACUCUGCAGCUUCACCUCCUCAAUCAUGGUCACAGUCAACGUGUCAUCAACUUACACCAAUCAGAGCUGCUGACAGUCAUCCUGGAGCUGCCCCACUGUUACCAGGUAUUUGUGGUCACAGAAGCCUAUGAUUACAGUCCAGACUGGGCAGAGGUUUUGUACCAGAAGAUCAUCCUCAAAGGGGACUUCUUGUUCCUUGAAGAAUUUAAGCUCUACAGACCACUACAAGCCAGUCUUUUUGAGGAGAUUUCCAAAAAGUUGACACAACACAGGCCCCCAAAUGCCAGUCAAAACUUGAAGAAAUUACUUCAGCACUGUGAGGAUAUCUACAUAUGCUAUAAGCUGGCGUAUGAUCACAAGUUUUUUGAUGUGGCCAACAUGCUUCUACAAGACUCUAAAACUAGUAGCUAUCUUAAUGACAGGUUAAUCAGUUGAUUUUAGGGGAGCAUGUGUCAAAAUGCAUUGAGGAUUUGUUUUUCAUUGCAGUGCCAUUUACAGCAGAAUACGAUAAAAAGAUUUCUAUUUAUAUAUAUUUCAUGAUUCAUGGUUUGUAAAAUUUACCUUGACUUCUAGAGAGUGAAUAAGCAGUGACAAGCUUUUGUAAUAAACUUUCAUGCGAACAUGUAAA